AUGUAUUCAAAUAAUGAUAUGGAUGUGGUAAAUAGCUGGGCUCUAUAUUAUAUCCUCGCCAAAGAAACAUUUUGGCUGGGCUCUAUAUUUAUGAUUCCGGAGCAUAAAUAUAUCCUUGCCAACUUUGUUUUGCCAUAUUCAAAUACACUGGCCGAGUGCUGUAUAUUAAAUAUAUCUUCGCCAGCU